GACAAAAAAUUCAAGAAGAAACGCCCUCGCGACGCCCGCAUUGACUCGGCGGCAAAGGUUUGCCUCGCGAUUAUUCGUGGCGAAUCGUGUCCCUACGGGGACGGUUGCCGCUUUUCACACGACAUGAAAGAGUUCAUGGCGAGCCGUCCCGAAGAUAUAAACAAUAAGAUCUUGGGCAGCGUCUGUCCAUACAUUGAGCUUUAUGGGUAUUGUGUCUAUGGCGCCAUGUGCCGCCUUGGAGCGUCGCACAUUAACAUGUCUACUGGCGAAAACAUUCGAAAGGACAUUGAUGGUCCGAAGCCCAAGCCAAUCUUAAAUACUCUACCGAAGGAAGUGCAAAUUCAGCUACGCAAAAAGUCUUACCCGUUCAAGCACCAGCGCUACAACGAACGGGGUGGAAAGAAUUCCAGGGAGACCACAGCUCCAAAAGACACCGAGAAAGUGACGGAUGAUGCGCUGGAGCCACCAUCAAAUACAUCCGCUGAAGAAGGGAGAGCUAGUUCGUCGAUUGAUAUGUCCCCCCUUCCGGAUCGUACGCGUAAGCUUAUCGAUUUUUCCAAGAAAGUAUAUGUUGCUCCACUUACGACUGUCGGAAAUCUGCCUUUUCGGCGAAUAAUGAAAAAAUUCGGCGCUGAUAUUACCUGCGGCGAGAUGGCCGUUGCAACCAAUCUACUCUCGGGUCAAAGCUCCGAGUGGGCGUUGCUUAAGAGGCAUCCGGAGGAGGACAUUUUCGGUGUGCAGAUUGCUGCUGGCUAUCCGGACGUGUUUGCGAGAACCUGUGAGUUGAUUGAAAACGAAAUGAACGUCGACUUUGUGGAUUUGAAUCUAGGCUGCCCAUUGGAUAUUGUUUGCAACAAAGGAUCUGGCGCUGCACUCAUGAUGCGGGACAAACGCCUUAGAUCGUCGGUUGAAGGUAUUUUGGAAACUCUCACAUGUCCUAUUUCUAUUAAGAUGCGGACUGGUUGGGAGAUGACCAAGCCGUUUGCUCACAACCUUGUACAGAAAAUUCAAAGCUGGGGACUCGAUGGCAUCAGUGCUGUCAUGAUACACGGAAGGUCCCGCCUUCAACGCUAUGCUAAGGAAGCAGACUGGGACUACAUCAGUAUGGUAGCCAAGAGUCAGGAUAUGUCGCUAACUACAAUUCCGGUGAUUGGGAACGGCGAUAUAUUUUCGUACCAAGACUUUGAAGAGAAGAUCGCUCGCGAAGGGGUCAACUCCUGCGCGAUGCUUGCCAGAGGUGCUCUCAUUAAGCCUUGGUUGCCAACCGAGAUUAAAGAGCGUCGGCAUUGGGACAUAUCUGCGUCUGAAAGGCUUGACAUUCUAAAAGAUUUCGCUCGAUUCGGCAUGGAGCACUGGGGAACUGACCAGCAGGGAAUCAACAACUGUCGCCGGUUUCUUCUGGAAUGGCUCUCCUUCCUCCAUCGUUACUGCCCGGUUGGUUUAUUAGAAGUGUUGCCGCAGCAUAUGAAUCAACGACCACCCGCCUACAUUUGCGGUCGCAGCGACUUGGAGACUCUGUUGUUGUCGCCGGAUAGCUCCGAUUGGAUCAAAAUAUCUGAGAUGCUCCUCGGUCCCGUUCCCGACGGUUUUCGUUUCGAACCAAAGCACAAGGCGAAGGGUUUCAAAUCGGAAGGAUAA